ACCCUAACAGUAGUGUCUCUCUGAUGCAGCAUCCUUAUCGUGUCACACAAAGGUUAAACGUUUUCUAAUUUUUUCUUGGUUGCUUUUCCCUUUCUCUGCAGUUUUCUGUUUAUCUUGGAUUUUACUUUUAUUUGAUUUAGGUUUUCCGUUUUCCUAAUUACGUUAGGAGCUAGAAGCUAAGCUUUCAUAUAAAUAGUCCUCUAAUGCCUUGUAAAGAGGCAGUUCUCAAACAAGCUUCGUCCGCUUCAUCAAAACCUCUGUUUCUUCGGUGUCCUCUUCUUGUUGUCUCUAGUUUCCGCUCCAUUAUCACUCUCUUAGCAAGUAAUCUCCGUCGAAAUUAUGAGCAGAGAUUUAUCCAGUAAGAAGCGUAAGAUCUCUGCUCACACAUGCGUUUUCUGGGACGUCGAGGAUUUCCAGGUCCCUGAUGGUCACGAUCCUGAUUGGGUUUAUCAGAAAAUCAAAUCAGCUAUUGCGAAAAAGGGUUAUCGUGGUAUUGUGGAAAUUAAGGCUUAUGGUGAGAAGAACAAGAUCCGGGAUGAGUUUCUACUUGCCGGAACCAUUGUUGUACCCGAAGGAGAUAAAUGUGCGAGAGUUUAUAGGAUGAUGAGCGACGUUCUUUUCUGGACAUUGGACAAUCCUUCAGAUUACCCUGUACUAGUGCCAAAUGUGAUGGUUAUCUCCAAAAACAUCUUACAAGAGGAGGGUUUCCUCAGGGUUCUUCGAAUUUUGCAAUGUAGAGGUUACAACAUUCUCUUAGCAGGUUCUUAUUAUGAUGUCGCAUCACAAAAUGAGCUUCACUUUGUAAGCUCAUUAUGGCUUUGGAAAAGCCUAGUAGAUGGAAGAAAACCUAUCGACCAAACCGGAAGCUCACAAUCUGAUUACAAUAAGGAGUAAGUAGCGCAAGAACGAAAGUAGCUAGCUACACUCUGCUCGUCCUAUUGAAUUCUUCAAUUUCUCCAAGAUUUCUUAAUUUCAUAACUUGUUUGGUCAAAUUUGUCCCGUGAGAAAAUAUGGGUACCACGCAGAUCUUAAUCUUUUUUUGGACCAACAAGUGACUGGUAAUGCCCAA